GUGUUUCACCUGAAUCGCACACCCCUAUUGGAGACAUUCACACCAUAAAACUACAGUAACUCUCCAAAAUCGUUCAUUUCAAGUUAAAGUCCGUGACGACUUCGAGUAACAUUUUUUUUGCUUUGUUCCUAAAUACUUAACCACGCAUUCACGAUGGUCAGGGAGAACAAAGCAGCCUGGAAAGCUAGCUACUUUGUCAAAGUAGUGCAACUCUUCGACGAAUAUCCAAAAUGCUUUAUUGUCGGUGCUGACAAUGUUGGCUCCAAGCAAAUGCAAACGAUUCGUUCAUCGUUGCGUGGCACCGGUAUUGUUCUGAUGGGCAAGAACACCAUGAUCCGAAAAGCUAUCCGCGGUCAUUUGGAAAACAACGCCUCAUUGGAAAAGUUGUUGCCGCACAUCAAGGGGAACGUUGGUUUCGUGUUCACCAAGGGAGAUUUGAACGAUAUCCGUGAGAAAUUGACCGAAUCGAAAGUUCGUGCUCCAGCUCGUGCCGGUGCUAUUGCCCCAUUGCCAGUUAUCAUUCCGGCUCAAAACACCGGUCUUGGUCCAGAGAAAACUUCUUUCUUCCAAGCUCUGUCGAUUCCAACCAAGAUUUCCAAGGGAACAAUUGAAAUCAUCAACGAUGUACCGAUCUUGAAGCCCGGUGACAAAGUUGGCGCUUCCGAAGCCACUCUUCUCAACAUGUUGAACAUCUCUCCAUUCUCGUACGGUCUACAAAUCGAGCAGGUCUACGAUUCCGGUUCAAUCUUCUCGCCAGACAUUUUGGACAUCAAACCAGAAGACUUACGUGCUAAGUUCCAAGCUGGUGUAGCGAAUUUGGCCGCUGUUUGUUUGGAAGUUGGAUACCCAACCAUUGCUUCCGUGCCACACAGCAUUGCCAACGGUUUCCGCAAUCUUUUGGCUAUUGCUGCCACAACCGAUGUUGAAUUCAAAGAAGCAACCACCAUCAAGGAAUACAUUAAAGAUCCCAGCAAAUUCGCUGCUGCUGCUCCAGUUGCCGCUGCCGCUGCUGCACCAGCUGCUGCUGCACCCAAGAAGGAAGAGAAAAAGGAGGAAUCGGAGAGCGAAGACGAUGAUAUGGGCUUCGGUCUGUUCGAUUAGAAAAUCCUUGCGUGGCAUUUGGUUUGGUGUAAAUUGUCGUGGAAUUUUGGAUGAUAAAUACUCGCCCGUGUCUUCACGGUACACAAUGGCGAUUUAUUUGAUUUGGAAUUUCGUACGAUAAUUUGCUCUGAUGCCUUGUUGUCCAUUUGAGCCGAACAUUUUUGUCAAAAUCGAUAAUUUCGUCGUUUAAUAAAGCACAAUGUUCAGCAAGAUUAAAAAUUC